AUGGCAGUCACAUUGAUAUUCCUGGUACUGCUAUUCUUCACUGGGACUAACAGCUGCUGGAUUCCUACUUCGCGAUGUAAACCCCACGUGGAUAUCUUUGAAGCUGUCCAGUCACUCCUGGCAACAUCGGCCAGCAAAUAUGGAACACAGUACUCAUCGGAAUAUAGUGAAACCCACAACACACUGCUGCGCGUACUGGAGCGACACCAAACCGAACUUGGCCGACUCACCACAGCGGCCCAAUCGAUGGAAACGCUCACCAACGACAAACUGCAACAGUACGGCCUAAGUCGCAAGCUGACCUUCGAUGGUCGCGCUGCCAACGACAUCGAUACGUUGAGAGACAUAUUCCACCGGCUGGAUGUAGAGAAUGAUGCUGUGCUGCGUGUGCUGGAACUACAUCGACAGGAGCACGUCGAGCGACAGCAGGAGCUAGAUGAUCUGGUCAAACAACUCGAACAUCUGUACCACGGCAACAUUGCGCUGGAGAAAAACAUCAAAGAGCGAAAUGAAACCCUCACCAAAACACUUGCCACCAACGUGAAGCUGGAGCGAAUCGUCAAAGAGCGUGGACUGCAAUAAUGUGUAUAGGUUGCAAUCGGUUGUGCUUUGUGAUGGACGAGAGUAUACACAGUGUUAUCAAAAGUAGUUUACAACUAUAAAUAAAAAAUGUAUCCUCUAA